AUGCAAGACAAUGAGCUAAACGGUUCUAUUCCAACAAGUCUUGGAUUUCUUGAAAAUCUGCAGAAGCUAAGUCUCUCCAAUAACAGACUCUAUGGGGAAGUUCCUAAUAGGGUUUUCAACCUCUCUUUUUUGACAGGAAUUGAUUUAGGACGUAAUAGUCUCUCAGGAAGUCUUCCUACAGAUGUCUGCAAUAAUCUUCCAAAUAUGGAGCGGCUUAGAAUUUCUUAUAAUCAAAUAAGUGGUAACAUUCCUCCAAGCUUGGGAGCAUGCAGGAAGCUUCAACUACUUUCUCUGGUGAACAAUAAGUUUUCUGGAAGCAUUCCAAUCGAAAUCGGAAACUUGCCAAAGCUUCAAAAACUCUAUCUACAAGGAAAUAAUUUGAUAGAUGAGCAUGCUCUUCUAGCCUUCAAAUCUCAAAUAACUUCUGAUCCAAAUAAUAUCUUGGCUAAAAAUUGGUCACAAGGAACCUCGUUUUGUAAUUGGGUUGGCAUUACUUGUGGCAGGAGACAUCAAAGAGUUAUCAACUUGAAUCUAGCAUAUAUGGGUAUAGGAGGUACUAUUGCUAAAGAAAUCGGUGCUCUCUCUUUUUUGAGAUCCUUGAUUAUUAGCAACAAUAGUUUCCUUGGAUUUAUCCCUGAUGAAAUUGGUAAUUUAAGCCAGCUUCAAGAAAUAGAGAUGCAAGAGAAUGAGCUAAACGGUUCUAUUCCAACAAGUCUUGGAUUUCUUGAAAAUCUGCAGAAGCUAAAUCUCUCCAAUAACAGACUCUAUGGGGAAGUUCCUAAUAGGGUUUUCAACCUCUCUUUUUUGACAGUAAUUGAUUUAGGACAUAAUAGUCUCUCAGGAAGUCUUCCUACAGAUAUCUGCAAUAAUCUUCCAAAUAUGGAGUGGCUUAGAAUUUCUUAUAAUCAAAUAAGUGGAAACAUUCCUCCAAGCUUGGGAGCAUGCAGGAAGCUUCAACUACUUUCUCUGGGGUACAAUAAGUUUUCUGGAAGCAUUCCAAUCGAAAUCGGAAACUUGUCAAAGCUUCGAAGUCUCUAUCUACUAGGAAAUAAUUUGAUAGAUACUUCCACCAUUGAACAACUGAAUAUCCAUGGCGCCAGAGGCAAAAUUUUGAUGCCUAAGCAAUUGAAGAUCCAGAAUUUGGAGGUGGCACCAAGCAUUAUCAGGCACUUUGCAAUUUAA